AUGACUGAUGCCGCACUUUUCCAUGCCCUCUUGUGCACCUCGGCGCUCUUCGGGUUGCACGAUAUAGCAGUCCAGAGGAAGCACAUGCUAGAAUCUAUAAGAUUGAUUAACGGCCGUUUAUCGGGAGAUGGGGCUACCUCAGACGCUACGAUCACUGCCAUAUUGUUCAUGGCAAAAGCUGAGUACUUUCAAGGAAACCACGGCGUUUGGAGUGUGCACAUGGAUGGCGUAAAGAGGAUCGUCGAACUCAGGGGUGGCAUGGAGACAUUGUCACAACUCAUACAACAAAAGAUUUACAGUACGGAUAUACUAGGCUGCAUGGAAAUUGGUGCUAUCCCUCACUUCCCUGCUGUCAGCCUCCCGAAGCCCUUAUGUCCACCCUACCAUUGCGAUUUACCGCCAGCUAUAGUCUCCCUCGCAGAGAUCUACACACUUGACCCCGACUUCUUAGCUCUCCUGUCCGAAAUCACAACGCACGCCGCCUAUUCGUCAGCCACGCAUGAUACCCUCAACCUCCAAUAUCGCCUCUUAUCACUGUAUUCCACGCGCCAGUAUCAGCACCUCUUACCCGACCCCAACUUCUUCACCGGAACGUUUUACGGUCAAGGACAGGAAGCACAGUCUGAUAUCGUACAAGAAAUACUCCUCAUCGGUGCCAUGCUCUUCCUCUCCCUCCCACACAUGCGUACACUCCCGCCCAUCCGUCCCAUCGACUACAGCUACCUCCUCAGUCGCUUAAAUUCCUUCCUCAGCCCAUCCUUCAACAACCACACGCUGCUUCUGCACCGGGAAUUUCUGCUCUGGCUUUCUUUUCUGGGAGAAGUGUUCUCUUCAUCCUCAAUUGCGCUCUCCAUUUAUGCACGCGGAUGUUCCCCAUUCGGCAUACAGAUGAGAGCGUUCUCGGACAUGUUGGGGAUAAUAUCCUGGGAAGAAAUGAACAUGGCACUGGGCAUGAUGUGGGCUAUUCAGCCGAGACACGAGAAGCCAUAUCGGUGUCUGUGGGAAGAGGCCGUGAUUGACCAAGAGUAUGCUACGAGGUCUUCGAUAGUCAUGUAG